AUGAUUGUAAAAUUUCACAAGAAAACAGAGAGAAUAAAAGGAUUGUCAUUUCAUACAAAAUAACCCUGGUUACUUGUUGGAUUACAUUCUGGAACAAUUUAAAUGAUAGAUUAUAGAUUGGGAAGAGUAAAAAUAUGGUUAAUAUUACAAUCAGACAAUUGAAGAAUUUAUUGAGCAUGAAGGUCCUGUGAGAUCAGUUUAGUUUCAUCAAUCUUUAUGUCUGUUUGUAUCAGGCUCAGAUGAUUUUACUGUAAGAGUUUGGAAUUACAAAACAAAAAAAUGUUAAUUUGUAUUGCGUGGCCAUCUAGAUUUUGUAAGAUGUGUACAUUUCCAUCCAGAAUUACCUUGGUGUGUAUCAGCUUCAGAUGAUUAAACAUCUAGAAUAUGGAAUUAUCAAUCAAGACAAAUGAUAGCCAUAGUAACAGGGCAUAGUCAUUAUGUAAUGCAUUGUGAAUUUCAUCCAACCAAAGACUUUUUAAUUACAUGUUCUUUAGAUUAGACUAUACGAUUAUGGUCUAUUGCAUAAUUAAAGAAAAGAUUUACUUAAAAAAAUGUAAAAUAUUGAAUUAAAUUUAAAGGUUCUAAAUGAAUAACAAAAUGAAUUAGAAUUAAUAUAAAUUUUAGAAGGACAUAAUCAAGGUGUAAAUUGGUGUACAUUUAAUUAAACUGAAAAUUUAAUAUUAUCAGCAUCAGAUGAUAAAAAAGUUAAAGUUUGGAAAUUUAAUGAUUCAAGAGGAUUUGAGAUUGAUUCUUAUAUGGGUCAUAAUGUAUUUUUAUUAUUAUUAUAAUUAUAGAAUAAUGUUAGUAGUGCUAUGUUUCAUCCAUUUGGAGAUUACUUUAUAUCUAAUUCAGAAGAUAACACAGUUAGACUUUGGGAUACGAAAAAGAAAAUAGAAAUUGACUGUUUUACUAAUUAUGAAUUAGAUAGAUUUUGGGUUAGUGCUGUUCAUUAGAAUAAUAAUUAUUUUGCAGGAGGAAGUGAUUCUGCUUUAUAUAUAUUUACAUUAUUUAAAAAUAGACCUGCAAUUGAUUUAGUGGAUAAUAAGAAUUUAUUUGUUGGGAGCAAGAAAUAAAUUAAAUUAAUAGAUUUAUAAAAUAAUUAAGAGAAAAUAAUAAAGAAUUUCUAAGAAAUUUCAAAUUUAAUAUCAGAUAAUCUAUUAUAAGAUAAUAUUGAGUUCAUCUAAUAAAAUAUUUAUGAAAGUAGCAAAAACUAACUUUUAGUCAGAUUAAAACAAAACUCUCAUAAUAAAUAAAGAGGAAUAUGUAAAUAUGUGAUUUUUGAAUGUUAAACUAAUAUCAGUUAAAUCUUUUUGGGUAAGACUGCAAUUUUCAUUGGAAAAUCUAAGAUUUUAAAGUCGAAAGAAAAUUCUGAAAUAGAAAUUUAUAAUUUUGAAGUUGAUUCUCAUACAGCUUUAGGCCAUAAAGCAGAUAAACUCUUUCCUUUUUAAGGAGGCAAAGCAAUCUUUUAUACAGAUUAAAUGAUAAAUGUAUUAGAUCCUGUGGCUAAUUAAGUAAUAUAUUAAAUUCCUUGUUCAAUAGAAUUUAAUAAUAUGAAAAAAGUGUUAACAAACGAUACAUAUGUUAUGAUAUAAACUAAAAAGUCUAUUUAUCUAUUUACAAAAUCAUUUUAAAGAGUUACUUAGAUUUCAGAAUCAAUAAAUAUUAAAUCAGUAUUAUUUUUAAGUCGAACAUAAAAUAUUAUAAUAUAUUCAACCAAAGUUCACAUAAAAUAUUUGUUAAUCAAUGGUGAUUCAGGAAUAUUUGGAACUAUGGAAACUGUUCCAUAUUUAAUAUAAUUACAAUAACCAAUAGAUAAAUAAGGUGAAAAAUAUAAAUUAUUUUACAUGAAUAAUGUUGGUAAAUUAUUAAAUAUGAAUCUUGAUUGUUCUGAAAUGCUUUUUAAAUAAGCCUUGAUGGAUAAAAACAUUAAAUAUAUAUAAAACUUCUUAAAAACACAUAAGAAAAUGGGUGAUUUGAUUACAUCAUAUCUAUAUUAAAAGGGAUUUUCAAUGAUUGCUUAUUAAUUAGUUGAUGACAAAAGAGCUAAAUUUUAAUUAGCAUUAUCUUCAAAUAAUUUAGAACUCUCGUAUAGAACAUGUGAUGACUUAAAGAAUCCUAUAUGUUAUCAAUAACUUUCUGAAGAAGCCAUGAGAUAGGGCAAUCAUAAUAUAGUAGAAGUUUGUUAAUAAAAAUUGAGAUCCUCUUAAUAAUUGUCUUUUCUCUAUACAAUCACUGGUUAAACUGAAAAGCUGAAUGUAUUAAGUACAAUAGCCAAAGAAUAAAACGAAUAUAAUACUCGAUUCUAAACAUUAUUACACCUUGGAAAUAUUAAUUAAAGAAUUUAAUUUUUAUAGGAUUGUAAAUUGAAUCAUAUAGCCAAUCUCAGCAAAUUAGUUCAUGGAUUGGAAUAUGAUAAAAAAUUCAUCAAUUCUGAAGAUUUAGAAUGGUUGUAAGCUUUAUCACCAGAAACCUUAUUACCUUCUAAUUAGAUUAUCAAAUCUAAAUAACAUCCUCUAUUUUCUAUAAAUUGGCCUCAUAAUUUUGUUGAUUAAGAUUAAUAAUAUAAUUUAUUAAUAGUAGAAGAAUAAGAAACUAAGGAAAGAAAUCAGAAAUCAUAAGAAAAAUCAUCAGAAAAUUAAGAAAAGUAGAAUAAUAAUAAUUCUAAAAUUAAAAAAGAUGAUCAAAAAAUAGAAAGUUAAGAAAAUUAAGAUAAAGAAGAAACAUUUGAAGAUUGCUAAUGGGAAAUAAAUGAAUAAGAACUACUAGAAAUGUAAUUAAAUUAAGCAACUUUAGAUUAUAAAAGUUUGUAAUAUGGAUAUCCUGAUUAUAAAAAAGGUACAAUCUACUUUAUAACAAAAUAGUUUUAUCACCUGCCGAAUAGAUAGUUACUGAAUAAUUCUAAUAAUGUUAAUAAACAUUAAAAUCUACAAAAAAUGUAACCAAUCUUAAUUUGUGCAAAGAUUAUAUGAAAUAAUUAUGUCUAGGUUCAAUUAUGGAUAUAAGUUAAAUACCUUUCCUUUAGGCUGCUCCUUAAAUGAUAUCAUCUGUAUUAGAUAAAUAGCAUUUCAAUAGAAUUUCUUAAACUCUUUUAAAAUAAGGAUACAAAUAAACUACUGAUGGCAAAUUUUAAGAUGCCUUGACUACAUUUAAAACUUUAUUGAGAUAAGCUUUAUUUUAUGAUAAGAAUAUAGAUAUUAUUCCUAUCUGUUUAAAUUAUAUUAUGGCUAUGAAUUGCGAAAUUUAAAAGAAAGACUAAAGUGUUUCAAGACAAAUUGAGUUAGCUUGUUAUAUGGCUAUGUGUGAUUUAUAACCAAUACAUCGUUCUCUUACUUUAAGGGCAGCUAUGAGUUUAGCUUAUAAACAUAAGAAUCAUUUGACUGGAGCUUAAGUAGCUAAAUAUUUGUUAAAACUAUUAGAAAAGGCUCCAUAAGGAUCAGCUUAUGCUAAGAUUGAAGUUAUUGAAAACGUAAAGAAAGUAUUGAAUAAUUAACAUUCUAGAUCUUAAAAAAUUGCGAGUAAUCAUAAAGAAAUGAGUAUUAAAUUGACUUUGAAGAAGAUUAUUUAAUAUAAGGGUCUAAAAUUUUAUUUGCCGAUAAUUUGACUAUCAUUAAAAAAUAAAGCUUUUAUUAAUGUCUUUUUGAUAAAGCAUUAUAUUCUGAAAAAGGAAAACUUUGUUAAAUUUGUGAUUUGUGUUAUAUUAAUUGA